AUGGAUGGUUUAAGUGAGAGGGGGUUGGGGGUUGGGGAAGGGGAGAGGAUUGACCCCCUUCAGCCCCACACCGCCCGCCCCACACCGCCCGCCCCACCCCCUUCAGCCCCACACCGCCCGCCCCACCCCCUUCAGCCCCACACCGCCCGCCCCACCCCCUUCAGCCCCACACCGCCCGCCCCACCCCCUUCAGCCCCACUAGCAAACGGCACCUCAUUGCUCCCUGUGCGUGGGGAAGGACGGAGUGGGGAAGAAAGGGGAGGGGGGGCUGUGGCGGGGAAGGGGACCUCCUCGAACUGCAGAAAGCUUGUAUUCUCCUCCAGCCCUGCAAGCACACGGCGCCUCAUCGCUCCCUGUGCGUGGAGGGGGGGGGAGGGAGGAAAAUGGGAGGAUCUCCUUCAGCCUUGCAUUGCACUGCCUGCCGUCCUGCCGCCCCAUCGCUCUCUGUUCCCAGCCAUGUGUUCUGUUGGAAAGGCCCUUGGGUGGUUCGAUCCUGCUGGACGCGUUGUGACAGCGACUCACCUGGAGGGGGGCUCACCUGGAGGGGGGCUCACCUGGAGGGGGGCUCACCUGGAGGGGGGCUCACCUGGAGGGGGGCUCACCUGGAGGGGGGCUCACCUGGAGGGGGGCUCACCUGGAGGGGGGCUCACCUGGAGGGGGGCUCACCUGGAGGGGGGCUCACCUGGAGGGGGGCUCACCUGGAGGGGGGCUCACCUGGAGGGGGGCUCACCUGGAGGGGGGCUCACCUGGUGGGGGGCUCACCUGGUGGGGGGCUCACCUGGAGGGGGGCUCACCUGGAGGGGGGCUCACCUGGAGGGGGGCUCACCUGGAGGGGGGCUCACCUGGAGGGGGGCUCACCUGGAGGGGGGCUCACCUGGAGGGGGGCUCACCUGGAGGGGGGCUCACCUGGAGGGGGGCUCACCUGGAGGGGGGCUCACCUGGAGGGGGGCUCACCUGGAGGGGGGCUCACCUGGAGGGGGGCUCACCUGGUGGGGGGCUCACCUGGUGGGGGGCUCACCUGGAGGGGGGCUCACCUGGAGGGGGGCUCACCUGGAGGGGGGCUCACCUGGAGGGGGGCUCACCUGGAGGGGGGCUCACCUGGAGGGGGGCUCACCUGGAGGGGGGCUCACCUGGAGGGGGGCUCACCUGGAGGGGGGCUCACCUGGAGGGGGGCUCACCUGGAGGGGGGCUCACCUGGAGGGGGGCUCACCUGGAGGGGGGCUCACCUGGAGGGGGGCUCACCUGGAGGGGGGCUCACCUGGAGGGGGGCUCACCUGGAGGGGGGCUCACCUGGAGGGGGGCUCACCUGGAGGGGGGCUCAUCUGGAGGGGGGCUCACCUGGAGGGGGGCUCACCUGGUGGAGGGUCUUUUUGGAACGCCACGACUUGGGAUCACAGCACGCCCGUUUCCUCCCAGGCUUCUGACCUGGACCCACCUCGAGGGAACAUCACCUACAAGGAGACUUGCCUUUGA